GGAGACAACUCUAAUCACAAAACGCCUAAGGCUGCUUAAUUCUGAUGUGGCGGUCAACGAGGUCAAACCAAUAACUAUGAAAUAUAUCGAGCAUUGCAUGUAUCUACUAUAGAACUAAAUUACACUUGUUAAACGCCCUUAAUUCAAUAGGGGCCGGCACACACAGUGUUGAGCAGUGUUGUGUUUACAAGUGUUUAUUUUGCAUUAUCGCUCAACUAUUGAAAAGAUACACGUAAGACAUAUGUACAUACAUAUGUAUAUAUAAAAAAGUCGAAGCUAAUAGUUGGCCAGUUUGGAAGUAGCUGUUUCGAAGAUGAGCGCCACACCAACUUUUGCCGAUAUCUCCAGCAAAUUUUCGGAGACCACGCUAGAUGAGAUUAUUCAGCACUCUGGCGGCACAAAGCACACGUCCUACAAGUUUGGGGAGGGCGGCAAAAAGGGGGACUCCUACUUGAGUAAGGUGUUCCGGUUAUGUGUCUAUGGCGUGAAUGAGAAGGAUGGCAAGGAGUUGGAGGUGAAUGUGAUUGUGAAGGCCAUGCCGGACAAUCUGAAUAGGCGUCGACUCUUUCGCUCAGUGGACUUCUUCCGCAAUGAGAUUCACUUCUAUACCAAGGUAGUGCCGGCAAUUGAGGCUUUUCAGGCCGCACGUAAGCCCAAGAAUCCCUUCAACGAAUAUCCAAAGUGCUUGGCAUCGCUUUGUGAUGGUGUCAAUGAUUUUAUCGCUCUGGAGGAUGUUGGUUUUCGUGGUUACCGUGCGCCAAAUCGCCAAAGUUACAUUCCUCUUGAUGAUGCCCUACUGACGAUGCGCACCUUGGGUCGUUUUCAUGGCGUUGCCUUGGCAUUCAAUGCACUGGAUGCGCCAGGCUUUGAGAAGGCAGCUGCAGCUCUGGAGGAGACCUACUAUGCGGAUAGGCUGCGUAGUUGGUACAUGGAUUUCCUGAAAUUGGCCCAGAAUGUGGCACGCGAUGCCGUCACCAAAAGCUUCCCCGAUACUAAGUACGAGACACUGGUCAAUAAUUUUCUGCAGCCGCAGCUCUAUGAUGACCUCAUCAAGCUGGUCUCCACACGGUCCAAGCUAAGCGUGUUCGGCCACGGCGACUGCUGGACGCCCAACUUCCUCACGCGCUACUCGUCUGAGGGGAAACCCGAGGCCAUCAUCAUCAUUGACUUCCAGCUGACACGCUGCUCGUCUCUGGCCCUCGACCUCACCUUUUUCACCUACUCCUGCACCAGUCAGCAGCUGCGAGAGGAACACUAUGAGAAGCUUCUGCGCACCUACUUGGAAAGUGCGCAGGAUUUGAUCACGGAUCUGGGCGGGGAUGCAGAGGCGAUCAUUUCGUGGGACACAUUGCAGCAGGAGUUGCGGGAAUUCGGUCGCUUUGGCUGUGGAAUGGGCAUAGAGUCGUUGCCCAUGUCUCUGAUUGAGGAUGACGAGGUUGCAGACUUGGAUGCCAUUGAAGAGAAGGCGGUACUAACCGAUGUCUGGAAUAUUACACCAUUCGAACAGCCCGAGAAGCGCCAACGCAUAGCCGAGAUGUUCAAGCAUGCCAUCGAUCAGGGCUAUAUCCACUAAUGUAGUACCAAUAAGUUCAUAUUCUCCCCUCAUCUAAGCCAUUAAAUGUAUUGAAGCGCAAAGUAUCAAAUACCAUUUACAAUAAUUGUUUUUAAAAUGUACAAAAGAAUUAAAACAUGUAAAAAUAUAUAUAUUUUAUACCUUUCAA